UUCAACUUGAAGGAAACCUUGUUACCUUGGAACUUUGAACUAACGGUCUGUAGGUACUAGGUACAUAGUUACUAGAUGUACCUACCUAAGCCUAAGGUUAGGAUACAUAGUUGUACAACUUGCAACGCGAUGCUGGCGCUCUAUUGACUAUUCCCUUUACAACUCAAACAUCAUCGUAUCUCGCUUGGCUUUGUGAGUUGUACAGUACUGGGAGGACGAACACUUGGUUCAUUUCAUUAUUUGAUUAUUUGAUGAAGUGAGCUUUUGCAUACUUUACCCAUUUACAACUACGUUUGGAUUUACUGUACGAUGGCAAUGAUUUGUUAAGCGGUGUUGAGACUUUUUUUUCCCGCCAUCAUUGCGCGUUUCUUUCCAUUAAUCUCUCUCCGCUCCGGUUGGCAGAGUAGGCACACACCACCACCACCACCACCACCACCACAACCACGGAGCCCGACGAGGCGGAGGCCAACUCCCCAACCUUAAACCGGACGGCCUCUAAUUGAAUUACUGCUUCUGAUUAGCAACAUUUAUUACAACAUACCUACCUACCUAGGUACCUAACCCGAAUCCCCCCAUGCCGCCAACCAGACUUCCGCGCGGUUUCGCGCACGAUGUUCUUCUUUCCGAACUCUCACCCCGAUCGCAACCCUCCACAACGUCAGUGACGACAUCGGCGACCCUCGUACGAAAAUUGCACAACUUCGCGUCCCGCAGGCUCCUCCCCCGACUUGCAACCGGCGUAAGCACGGUCCCAGAAGGAUACGGCCGGACCCCUAGCGGGCCGUCUCCCGGUGCCGUUGUAGGCAUAGUGCUGGGGUCGGUUGCAGGGUUUGUGCUGCUGCUGCUGCUGAUAUACUGGUGCGUGAACCUCGGGACAUCGGCCCCACAGACGGUGAUCGAGGGCUCGGUGGGCACGGGUCCGUCGUCAUCGGUGGUCUCGUACCGGUCACGGCCCCGGGUCCACCGCCACACCCACCGUUCGUCGCGGCAGUACUCGCCGCACCGCCGGAAGGAGACGGUCGAGAUCGUCCGCCGCGAGCGCGACAUGCGACGCUCGCUGUCCCGGGCCUCCACGCCCCCGCGCGCCCCCGACCUUGAUCAGAUCGUGGUAGUGGAGGAACAUGACCGGUCUACGAUCCCUAGGUCGCGGUCGAGAAGCAGAAGUGCGAGUCGUCCCCGCCCGCCGCGGGCCCCGCCGGCUCCCCCGAUCGACGACGAGAUCAUCGUGCUCGAGGAACAUUCACCGCCGCGCCGCCGCGAGAGUCGGAGCUACAGACGUAGAAGCAGCGAGAGGAGGAGCGAAAGGAGGAGUAGCGGUGGGCAGUACAGAGACGUGGACCCGCAUCGGUACGCGGGUGGGGAUGGGCCGUCCCGGGAUGUUAGUCGGAGGAGUAGUUCGCGGAGAUGAUUACGAAGAAGAUGAUGGAGAUGACAGUAAUGAUGAGGAUGAUUAAUGGUCUGGUACAUAUUUAUGUGGCUGGUGGGAUGAGUUGCCUAACUAGUCUGAAGCAAAGCAAAGCAUGAUGUCUUGGGGGGGGGGGUGAGGUUGUGUUUUGGAAUAUACCUACAUAUACCUAUGAACUGAUACAUAUUACAUAGGUAUGUUGGCCCUUAAGUUGAGUGUGUGUUUUGGGACUCUUGUACAUAGCAUUCAAGUUUAAUGGUCUUUUCUAUUGAUACCUACUUUUAGAUACGUAGUAUGUACGUGGACAGGAUUAUUGCUUGACGGGUUUGAAUAUUACUCUACUUUCACAUAGUAGUAUAAGAAGGAGUGAAGGCAUAACCUGCAUAUAACAUCCAGUACCUGCAUUAAUGUAUCCACUAUAAAGUCAAGCAUUGUUAUUUCCUCCAGAUUCACUGGAUGGUUUCACAUGUCAAGCGGGACCUGCAAUUCAG